AUUGAGUUUGUUAAGUUAUUGAAAUAAACAGAAGACAAUGUAUUUAUGGGUCGCUUAAUCCUCUUUUGGAGCCGUGCGCUACUUAGGCACGUGGAGCCGCGAUUAUGCGCGUCAAUCUUGGGUGACUAGCAUCUUUUCCGACGUAAUGGGUUAAUGGGUCUUUGUUCGUUCUAGGAUUAAAUAUUUAAUGUUGUAUCUACUUAGGCAGUCAAGAUCCCUCAAAACGUUUACUGUUCUUUCCAUCCAACUUUUAACUUUUUUUUCCCUUCUUCACCGUCAUUUCCUCCUCGAAGGAUGUUAUCUGCGGGAAUACAACACCGAACCAAUCACAAACACUUCAUUGAUUCUCAGGCUGCAGGUGCUACCUAACUAGAGGGAGCCUGGCGUUGCGCCUCGCAGCCUCGAUCGCAAGAUUGGAACCUAACUGACUGACAAACGAAGGCGCAGCCCUACAUGCACCCAGGCAGAAUUUAAUCAUUUUCUCAUCAUGCCUCCUCCCCUUUCUCCCCCACCGCCUCUUUCUUCACCAACUCAGAGUUCCUUAAAUCGACAACGCGACAAUCCCGCGCGUUCCUCGUAUGCAAGCGACAAACUUCCUAAUAAUUCACGCCUUAACCCGUUCGAAGACGACGAUCGCUUACCCCAUUCCGAACAGGAUCGCAUCGCAAGGCAGGCAAGUGAGGCAAGGCUACGACAGGAAUAUCAUCGAGUAAAAGAAGAAAUACAGGCGCGACGGGCACGAGAGCGAGAUCGAACCGGAGAAGUAGACCAUCGAGGCGAACGCACGCGAGAAUUUCGUGAAGGUGAAGAUCGAGAACAAUCCGAAUUACUUCAUCGGAAGUCACUAGGAGAAGAAAGACGACAACCACAGCCUGAACAGAGCCGAGCUGAAGUAGAUCAACCGGAAUCUGCUGACGCCGGGGGCAUUGCCAAGUUGAUUCGCAGAGUUAGGGAUCGCUUCCCGGAUUCACCCCAAAUCGCCCGAAAAUUCGCUGCCAUGGCCAACUCCGGUAGACCUGUUUCUGAAAUUCUUCCUGGUGUUGCUACUUUGUUUAGAACCGCUCGCGAUCUUUACGACGAAUACCAGGCAUCGAUGGACCCUACCGACCACAGCCAAUUUGAGCUGCUUCCAUCAUACUCACUGCCGGUUCCUCAGCCGAGCCCUCAACCGUACGCCCAGCAAUAUCAACAACAUAUUCCAGAGCAGCCUUUGCCGUACUUUGAACAAUAUCCUCAAACAAUUCCUCAACAACAUACCCACUUGAACCAACACCUACAACCCACUCUACCCUUUGGAGGUAUUUCUCCCUCGCCAUAUUAUUACGGCGAAAUUGAAGAUAAUGCUGGUUAUGAAUUUGAUAGAAAUGCCGGUUCAUAUUGGCCAGAUCCGGAACCGGAGAGAACCGAGGAGUCGAAGAAACAAAUGCAGCGGCUCUUGAAACUACCGGAGAUUGACAUCCCUCGGGAACAACGAAAACCUACCCCGGCUGCGAUGUCUUGUAUGCUGAUGGAGCAUCAAAGGGUUGCCUUGACCUGGCUGAUGCAGCAAGAAGAGGAUGACCACAAGAAAGGUGGAAUCCUAGCAGACACUAUGGGUCUAGGUAAGACUAUUGAGGCUCUCGCCUUGAUCCUGGCACGCCCGUCGAGAGAUCGUACCCAGAAGACCACACUUAUAAUCGCACCGCUUUCUUUACUCAAGCAAUGGGAGCAGGAGAUACAGACGAAAGUAAAGCCUAGCCACAAGCUGAAGACAAUCGUGCUACACAACCAGGCCAAACGUGGGAUGACGGUCGCCAGACUUCUUACCUAUGAUGUUGUUUUGACUACGUACGGAACAAUUAGGUGGGAAAACAAAGCUCAGAAAGGUAACGCGAAUAAGUUGAUCCUAUCCAAAGAAGCCGUCUUCCAUCGUGUCAUUCUAGACGAAGCCCACAACAUUAAAAACAGAUUCUCCAAGACUUCGGUAGCUGCUUGCCAAAUCAAGGCUACUUAUAGACUAUGCAUGACGGGCACUCCCUUCAUGAACAGAGCAGAAGAAAUAUUCUCACUCAUUCGUUUUCUCGGUAUCAAACCUUACAACAACUGGGAAAAGUUCAGGUGGGAAAUCAACAGACCAAUGCAGAAUUGGAGCAAUGCGAACGCCCAGGACGCUGCUAUGAGGAAACUUCAAGCCCUGUUUAGAAGUAUUACCCUACGACGAACCAAGACAAGCAUUCUUGACGGCCGGCCCAUUCUCCGGCUGCCGAAUUUGGUCAGGGAGGAAUCUAUGACUGAAUUCAACAAAGAUCAACAGGAUUUCUACGAUGCUCUCGAGCAGAAGCAGCAACUCAAAGUCAAUGAAUUUAUUAAGGCUGGUACUAUAAUGAAGAAGUAUAGCUACAUACUAGUAUUGCUCCUUCGCCUCCGCCAAGCUUGCUGUCACCCACAUCUCAUAAAAGAUUUCGGUAUACCCGAUGGGACACAGCUUUCAUCCGAUGAGAUGCGCAAGCUUGCCCAAAAGCUUAAGAAAGAAGUGGUUGGAAGACUCAAAGAGCAGACUGAAUUCGAAUGUCCACUAUGCAAUGAGACGACCAGUAACCCACUUAUCAUCUACCCAUGUGGUCAUCCGAUCUGUGCAACCUGCUUCUCCGCUGGGAUGGAAGAUAUGCGAGCAUCAAAUAUCGAAGAUCGUGAACCCUGUCCUCACCAACCUUGCCGCUCAGAGAUAGACCCCGAGAAGGUUAUAUGCUACUGCUACUUUAUGGAAGUUCAUAUGCCUGAUAAUCUUGACUCGGAUGCUGGUGAGGACGACGACGGCUUUGAAAGCUUGAGCGACUCGGAUGACGAAGACGCAGACGCGCGAGGCAACUUGAAGGGUUUUAUUGUCUCUGACACAAAGGAAGAGGAUGAUUCCGAUAGCUCGGAUACUAAAGGUCGUGUUUUCGAAAAGAUAAAGUGUAAACGAUCCCCAGUAUCUAUGCGUGACGAGUCGAAAGACACUAUCCUGAAAGAGGAAGAGGACUCUGACAGUGACUCUCUGGCAUCUUUGGAAGAAAUCUGGAAACAAGUCGACUUAAUGAAAACUAUUGGCAAAGAUCAGCCCAAGGGGUCUAUAAAGCAUGAGUCCACGCCUAAGCCUACGCCGGAUGUCGAGGGUGACGAGAAGAAGCCGCCUCUUACUAAGGGUAAGAGAAAGCGACUGAGCGGCAAUAAUUCGACCACUCCCAAGAAGAAGAGGAAGAGGAACAAUGGAGCUGGUAAGAAAGGACGCAAGGGCAAGAAAUUCAUGUCGCUGGCGGCUCUGAAGAAAGCAAGCUCGAGUAAUUCUACGGCGAAAGCCAAAUAUCUGAAGCGUCUGAGACAGGAUUGGGUUCCAAGUGCUAAAAUCAACAAAACGAUGGAAAUCCUACACGCGAUCAGAGAGAAGAAUCCACAAGAGAAAACCCUCGUCUUUAGCUUGUGGACAUCUUUCCUCGACUUACUUGAAAUUCCCAUUCACGAUGCGGGAUUCGGAUACGCUCGCUACGAUGGAAGUAUGGACCAGAAUGACCGAGACAUGGCUGUAAAGGACUUCACGAAGAAGCCCGAUACUCAGAUUUUGUUAAUCAGCUUAUCGGCCGGUAACGCUGGUCUCAACCUUACAGCGGCGACGCAGGUCAUUAUACUGGAACCGUUCUGGAACCCGUUCGUAGAGGAGCAGGCUAUUGACCGAGCUCAUCGAAUUGGUCAAAGAAGUGAGGUUACGGUUCAUCGAAUUCUGAUUGAGAAUACAGUAGAGGACCGCAUUCGCGCACUGCAGGAAAAGAAACGCGAACUUGUUACUGCGGCUCUUAGCGAAGAGGGUGCCCAAGGCGUUAGUCGACUGACCGUCUCUGAGUUGAGGGGUCUAUUCGGUCUUCGUUAAAUCUCGACUCGCUCAUCUUCGUACGGAUCUGGAUGCCUAGGCUUGCUAUAGAAAUUUCCGAGAUUGACCGCGGAUCUUCUGGGCUUUGCCUUGGCUAUAACUAUGGGCGAUGACAAGCCGAUGGAGGAAGUAUAUGAUUUGCUUGGAUUCGGUCUUGCUCUUGAGUCCCUCCGUUGGCUAUGUUUA